CCCCAUUUCCAGUGGGAGCUUUGUCGCCUUGGCAACCAUAAAGAAAAACGAAUAACAAAAUAAAGACUUUCUCUGGUGGCUAAACGACAAGGAAAAUUAAAACUGGAAAAAGUGUUGUUUUCGGAUUAAGGAACCGGAAAAGUGCUUCGCCGCGUCGAAUUUCAACAAGAAUAUCCGGUCUGCGUUGUAUUCCGCUGUUUUCUUUUCGAGCAUCGGUCGUCGGGUCCCGAAGUUCUGAGUGUUCAACAUGGCCUGAACAGGAGGCGGUGCAAGUGUAAAUUUUUGUUCACUUUCCUGUGUUGUGCAAUUUUGGUACCUAUUUAGAAAAAUUUAUUCUGUUAUUCUUCGGGGGUUUGGUUUGAUAAUUAUAUGUGCAGCCAUAAAAAUACGGCUUUAUAAUGAAGAGCAUGCAAAAUAGUAAAUGUGGAACAUUGCUUUUGUGAUGUGUGGUGUAUAAGUCUGAAUUCUGUUCCAUAAAUUUCAUGGAAAUGUAUACACAGAAUUGAGAAGAUCGCCUUAAGCUCCAGAACCAUGCGGAAGAACUGAAGAUCAUAAUUGAAAUUGUUCUGUACCGCACAAAAAAUCUACUACAUUUUAUUAGAUAUAUCCAUACUACUCGUAACCAAUACAGGGUCCCAUUUAUAAUAUUAUCUGUGUGUGGAGAAAUUGAUCCGUACUUUCUUAAAAUGGCUACUCGUUUGGCAACGCAGCGUAAUUUCAUAACCGUAACUCCCAUCCCGACAACUGUGGCAUCUGCCGCAGCCGUCGAAUCCCCGGCUCAGGCUGCCACAACGGGACCCCAACAACAAAGCGAUGCAUCCGAUGGUGGUGAAGAUAGCUCCCCGAACUCUACUCCAACAUCGACGAACUCAGCAACGCCUGCGACCUCCUCGAAUGCGAUAACGGCGAACACUACUGUUGUUUCAAGUCCGCUUAAAAAUGGAACCGGGAAAUCGGCCGCAUUAGCUAGCACCCAGGUGGAAACGACCCCUGCUAGCGCAGCAUUAAACAACUCAGUCAUACCGACAAGUUUGAUUGCAAAUAAUCUAAGCAUUGCCAAUCUUCUAGGAGCUCAAAAUGGGGGACUGGCAUUGCAGCAAUUAAUUCAACAGAAAAAAAUAGUAAUUCAUCCCAAUGGAACCGUCAUCGACAUCGUACCUCUGGAUGGAGCCGACUCGCCCGAAGAUUCAAAGCUGGGAGUUCAAAUUGCCGAUGGUAGUUCUUCGCCUGCUAGCAGUGGUGAGCAGCAUGUUACGGCGCAAGUUGCGGUGGUUCAGGCUCAAAGUCCCACAGAUGGUGGUCCACAGUACAUCACCGUCACCGCAACGGCACCACCAGUUUCGGAAUUCACGGAAGCGGACGAGGAAAAUGAAGAAGACGUCCGGUCGUAUGCCUCGUUGACGGCGAUUGACGUGUCAUCUCCAGAUAACGUCCAGAACCACCACACGUAUGUUCAGUAUGUCGAUUCCGAUAUGUAUACUACGGCUGGACAAGGUCAAACACAAAUGGCUUAUCCGGUGUAUGCAGUGGGCGAUUACAGUUCAACUGCCGGCGGCCAGCAGUACUACGCAACGGGAGGUAAUGGUGGUGGCGGCGGAAACGGAACAUCAGGAGGAAAUGGCACCGGCGCCAGCACUUACAGUGCUUCCGGUAACAGUUCUCACUCGUCGACCAGUAGCAAUGGAGGAGGUGGCGGUGGUGGUGGCGGUCCUGGCAAUAGUUCGAACGGAGGAACAAACGGCUCCGGUCAACAGUACAUUGUUCCGGUCGAUGAGGCCACACUGCUCGGAACCAAUGGUGCGCACCAGCGGGAGUCACCGCAAACCAUGACGGAUGUGGCUUCAUAUAUUCAAUCGCACCAAGUAUCGCAUCAUUCUAACUCAACAACACCUACCCCGGAUAUGGAUUCCACCCCUAAUCUCAGUCAUGCAACUCGAGUUUCACCAGCGACGGUAAGAUUUUUCUUGCAUUUUUGAAUAUUGUUUAAAAUCGAAUCUUUGUCGAGUCCAGGUUGAAUAAAUUAAAGGAAAAAUUAAC